UUCAUUUAAUUUCCCUUCAUAUCACCUUGGCCUUGAAACACCUGUCACUCCCGCCUUUUCCAGAUCCUUAAAAUGUUAAUGUCCCCCAAGAAAAAGUCCAGCCCCGAUCCUGGAGUGCCCACGACCUCCUCGAGCCGUCGCCAUCGGCUCGAUCCUGUGCCGCAAUGGAGUCGCCUGUUGGACCACAACGACGAAGCGCGACAGAGGAAGAAAAACGACCGCUACCAGGUGGAAAUACCCAACCGGCUGUGGUCGCUGUUUGGCCAUGUGAGGCCAGUGGAGCCGGAAAAGAGGGAGCUUUAUUCGCUGGGCUCUUGCGUUACUGCGGCUUCCGGAAAAACGCUGGCCUGCUGUGUGAUGGCUUGCUGCGCGGGAAGCUUCCACUCGCUGGACUGCUGGGACUCGCAGCUGCUGGACAGGAUCAUGGUGAAUGGGCAGGACUACCAUGAAGUCAGCUUGGCGGGCAGGCUGCGCAAGGAUUUGGGACCGGGCGGUGAACUAACCCUAGAGAGUCUGGGCACUGCGUGCUCCUUAGACGGACAGCCCUUUUGGCUGGACAUCGAGAAGUUCAGUUCCGGCAAGCUGUACAACAAAAGCAAGAGCCUGGGCUCCGCCCUGAGUGUCUUCUUUGCUCACCACCUGCAGACCGGCAUCCUGCAGCUAAGGGAUCAGGCGCUGGCCUUUGGUUAUAUUCCAGAAUUUGCUGCCGGUGGUGCCUUCUUCAUGUUCCAUUGUCAGGCGCAGGGGAAGCCGGUGUUCAACGAAUGCGAGACCGCACCGUAUGUCCUGAGGAUGCGACAGCUGAAGCAGUUACUCAAUUGCAUCCUGAUCACUUUAGACGAGCGCCAGCACAAUGUGCCCUUCAAGAUACACAAGGUCCACUGUGUGCCCAUGGCCGCCUAUAUGUAGAUACAUCCAUAUAUGGGGGGAUAUUCAAUUUUAAAUUAACAAGUUAUUGAAAACUAGAAGUACUUUUCGAAAUUUAUAUAUCUUCUGAUCCCAACAGCAUUUCGCCUCUCCAAUAAAACUUGAAUCUAAAGGAA